AUGACUUUGGAAGAGGUUAAGCAGCAACGGGCUAAUACGAAGAAGAGUAUUACCCGCAUCAAGAACCAAAUCGAAGCCAAUGGAAGGGGUGAAGGUAAGACACUUUCGUCUGCUGAGUUGAAGUGCCGUUUGGGGAUACUGGAGUCAUAUUUUAAACAGAUAUUGACGUAUCAAACACAAAUUGAAAAAUAUGAUCCCGAGGAUAAUGCUAGGCCCGAAAUUGAAGAUUUGUACAUCUCAGCCAAAAUGAAUAUCCAGUCGCAGCUUGGUGAAGAUGUUCAUAACACAACGUUGUCCGAGUCCACCAUUUGUUUCCCAGCUCCCAUCCAUAAAUUGCCCCAACUCAAAUUGCCCACAUUUAGUGGUAAGUACAGUGAAUACAAGAAUUUUAUUACGUCGUUCAAUCAAGUUAUCGAUCGUGAGUUUGGCCUAUCAAAUAUUGAAAAGUUUAAUCAUUUGCUCAACUGCCUCCAAGGCCAAGCUCUAGAAACGGUCAAGGCUUUCCAGAUUACGAACGAAAAUUACCCGAAGGCUCUGGAAAGGCUCAAAACGCGUUAUGAUAAUAGCUCGCUUAUUUUUAUGGAAAAUAUUACCGCCCUUUUUGAACUUCCUGCCAUGUCCAAAUACAAUUGUGCCCAAUUACGAAGUCUCGUCGAUAAUGUUUCUGCCCUUUAUAGUUCUUUACUGUCUCUUGGCUCACAUAGUGAUAUUGCUAAUUCCAUGCUGAUUUACAUAGUGAUGGAAAAAGUGGAUGAAGAUACCAGAAGAAAGUGGAAAGAUUCCUUGGACUUUACCAGAUUGCCAACAUGGGAUGAUUGCUCCAAGGUCCUUGAAAGGCGUUGUCAAUUUUUGGAAUCGGUUGAUACCAACCAUACUUUUGUGGCCCCUCGUAAGCCUGAUCAUCAAUCUGGUAAGUCCAAAUCUAAAAAUUCAAAACCUGGCUAUACUUUUUCGGUAUCAAAACGCUCUUGUGUGCUUUGCUCCAAAUCUGACCACUCAAUUAGUCGUUGUUCUCGGUUCAAAGAUAUGGAUGUUAGUCAAAGGUAUGAAAAUGCAAAACGUCUAAGCCUUUGUCUAAAUUGUUUGUCCAAAGGGCAUCAAGUAAGUAGUUGUUCCUCCACAUUCAAGUGCAAAUUUUGUUCUCGCUCGCAUCAUAGUUUGCUUCAUCGGUCUCAGCCAGCUUCUCGGCCCUCGUCCCCUGCUGCUGAACCUACUACUUCUCAUGUUGCCUUGAAUGAAUCUUCUGCCUCGGUCCAUACCCAUAUGGAAAAAUCCUCGCCGGAACAGGUGCUGCUUGCUACUGCCAUGGUUCUAGUUCGUGACUCCACUGGUCGCUAUCAAUUGGGACGCGCUUUGUUAGAUUCUUGCUCUCAAUUGAAUUUCAUAACCGAUGAAUUUUCCCAAAAAUUACAUUUGUCUCGUACAAAACAAACUACUGAAGUCUCUAGCAUUGGUAACACUCUUAGCAAAUCUAAAUAUAGGUCGUCCACAAAUGUAAAAUCUCGAGUCACAGAUUUUGAAGUUUCGCUCUCAUUUUGUGUCACACCUCAUAUUUCAUAUCAACCUGAUAAUGAAUUAGAUGUCUCAUCCUGGAAUUUGCCCCCAAAUACUGAACUUGCGGAUGAAAACUUCUUCAAAUCAAAACGAAUUGAUUUACUUAUUGGUACUGAAACGUUUUUCGACAUUUUAGCAGUUGGUCAAAUAAAACUUGGCCCUAAUUUGCCUAAAUUACACAAAACACUUUUCGGAUGGAUUGUAGCAGGUCGUUAUGUAUCAAAACAACCCAAUAUUUGUGGCUCUUCUUGUAUGCUCUCGAUAGAAGAAGAUAUUGAUCUUAAAUUACAGCGCUUGUGGGAAAUCGAUGAAGUUCAAUCUGGCUCAAAUGAUUUGACACCAGAACAAUCUGAAUGUGAAACAUUUUUCAAUGAUACUGUUCAUCGUGAAUCUUCUGGUAGGAUUGUUGUUAAAUUGCCCUUCAAGGAAUCUCCUGACGCUUUAGGUCUUUCUCGAAAUAUGGCUCUUAAAAGAUUUGUAUCUCAAGAGAGACGAUUUGCUCGUGACAGCAAUCUUAAAUCACAAUAUGUUGCUUUUAUGAAGGAGUAUGAAGAUUUUGGACAUAUGAGUCUAGUUCGUAGCCCUCGUCUACACGAGCCUCAUUAUUUCAUCCCUCACCAUUGCGUUUUCAAACCAAAUAGCACUUCCACAAAGUUAAGAGUUGUUUUCGAUGCCUCGUGUCCAUCAUCGUCCCAGAAGUCUCUCAAUGAUCUUCUUAUGGUUGGCCCAACAAUUCAAGAUGAGCUGUAUAAAAUUUUACUUCGGUUCCGUCUUCAUCGCUUCGCUCUUACUGCCGAUAUAGUAAAAAUGUAUCGACAAGUCCUUAUUGACUCCCAAGAUAGAAAAUUCCAAUAUAUUUUGUGGAGAAAUUCAGAAGAGGAAGAAAUUCGAACAUAUCACCUAAAUACAGUCACCUAUGGAAUGUCAGCUGCGCCCUACCUUGCCAUCAAAAGCCUUCACUAUCUCGCAGACCAAUACAUGGACCAAUUCGAACUUGGUGCAAAAACCAUUAAGUCAUCAUUUUACGUUGAUGAUUUUCUUUGUGGCUCAGAUACGCUUGAAGAAUUGUCUCGUAUGAAGCAGGAGGUUAAUGAAAUUCUAAUUCGUGGUUCGUUUCAAUUAGAUAAGUGGCACUCUAAUCAUAGAGAUUUUCAGGACGACAAAACUGUCAAAGACCUUAAUAUUGAAGAUUCUGCAGUAACUAGCGCUCUUGGUAUCUCUUGGGACCAACAAAAAGAUGUUUUCUUAUUUUUGUUUUCGCCUAAAGUCCAAAUUGAUGAAAAAAUAACCAAACGUACAAUUUUGUCGCUCUCGUCAGCGCUUUUCGAUCCCCUAGGACUUUUAUCCCCUCUCAUAAUAAAAGCUAAAAUCCUCAUGCAAGAGUUGUGGAUUCUAAAAAUUGGCUGGGAUGAGUCUGUACCUCAAGAAAUACACUCGGCUUGGAAAUCUUUCGUCUCUGAUCUCAAACUAUUACCUUCACUUAAAAUUCCUCGUUUUUGUCUCGCUCCUGAUUCUAAAUCAGUUCAACUUCAUGGCUUUUGUGACUCAUCAAUUCGUGCUUAUGGUUGUUGUUUUUACUUUCGUGUUAAAACUUCUUCAGGAAAUGUUGUUGUUCGGCUCUUUACUGCCAAAUCUAGAGUUGCUCCUACAAAGCGAAAAUCGUUACCCAAACUUGAGUUAUGUGGCGCACAACUUCUAGCAAAAUUGUAUUCCAAAAUCAAAAAUCUUUUCGCAAUACCAAAUCUGGAAGUCGUUCUAUGGACAGAUUCACAACUAGUUCUUCACUGGCUAAAGCAACAUUCAUCUACUUUGUCAGUUUUUGUUGGCAAUAGGGUAUCAGAAAUUCAAGAUCUAACUAAUGGCUGCGUUUGGCGACAUGUCCCAACCCAGUUCAACCCUGCUGACAUCGUUUCUCGUGGUUCAACUGUGCAGGAACUCGCCUCAUCCAUCUGGUUCAACGGACCAGCAUUUCUCGCUCUCGAUCCUGUUCAGUGGCCCCCUACUAAAACUGAUAAACUCUCCGAAGAAAAUCAGCAAGUAUUCGACAAAGAAAAACGGAAAACCCCCCAAGAAUUAGAAAAUGCUAAACUUUGUAUCGUUUUCAACAUCCAGAAACUACAUUUUCAAGAUGACAUAACUCGAGCUCUAAAGAAGAAAGAUCCCCAAGGUGCUCUAAAGUGUCUGAACCCCUUCCUAGAUUCGUCAAAUGGUUUCAACUUGCUCAAGGUCGGCGGACGCUUGGAGGCACCACAUUUUGGCGGAUUGUGGGAGGCGGCCGUCAAAUCGGCCAAAGGUCACUUAACCAGAACCCUGGACAACACAAGGCUCACCUACGAAGAACUCGCAACGGCUAUGAUUGAGAUAGAGGCAGUUUUAAACUCGAGGCCCAUUUCGCCUCUAUCCUCAGAUCCCAGUGAUUUUGAAGCUCUUACACCAGGACACUUCUUGAUAGGCGCUCCCCUCCGUAGUUUGCCAGAACGUGAUGUCCCUACAAAUGAGAUUAACAAACUUGAAUAUUGGGCCCGAAUAAGCGCCAUCAAGCAACAAUUCUGGAAAAAGUGGUCCCAUGAUUAUAUAAAUGAGCUCCAGACUCGCAACAAAUGGACUAGCACCAACUCUAAUAUUACCCCUGGUUCCCUAGUCAUCAUCAAAGAAGAUAAUUUACCCCCGCAGCGUUGGCUCAUGGGUAAAAUCAUCAACAUUGUUCGUGGAAGAGAUGAUCGUGUUCGAGUUGUCGACAUCAAAACUACAAAAGGAGUUAUACGUCGCCCUAUCCACAGACUGGCUCUUCUAUCUUCUUGA